GAGAAAGGGUUAGUGAAGGUAAAGAAGCCAAGUUCUACCCCAAAAAAAAGAAACAGGGGGGGCUUUUAUUUGUAGUUAACUUUUGGUUGGCAUUACCACACUCCGAUUUGAUUGAAAAUUCGUGAAAUCAUCAAAUCUAAUUUGUCCCCCACUUUCGACAGUACAACCCCACCAUCCCCCUGCUUUCAGUUUUUAGUUCUAGGUUUCCUCUUAAAAUUCCCUCCCACACACUCUUUUUUGUUCUUUUGUUUUUCGUUUUCAUGGUUCACACACUUGGAGAGACCCAAACCGACGCUUCGCCAGACAGAAAUCGUGGGAAGACAAAGUUGUAAAACGAAUAUAAAGAAAAGGGGGGAGGGGUUGAAAGGCGGCUCCUUCUUGCUUGGUUGUGCUCCAAAAUAGAUGGGGGCUUUGGCUCCAGUCCUUUCCACUUGGAUACCUGAAGAUGACCUUCUUUUGAAGAACGCUAUUGAGGCUGGUGCUUCUUUGGAAUCUCUUGCUAAGGGUGCAGUGCAGUUCUCUAGGAAAUUCACCGUUAGAGAACUGCAAGAUCGAUGGCAUUCUCUCCUUUAUGAUCCAGUUGUUUCCGAGGAGGCUUCUUCUCGCAUAAUCGAGUUUGAGCGUUCUGCUUCUUCCUUGUCUUUGAAAUUUGGCAGAACAGGAAAUUCAAAAGAUAACAAAAGUUUGGGUGGAAAGAGAAAGUCUGAGAGUGUCCGUAGCUGUUACUAUGCAUUGCGCAAAAGAAUUUGCAAUGAGCCUUUUAACACGAUGGACCUGAGUUUCCUUAUCGCACCUAAUGAUGGCAACUAUGUUGGGCUUGAAGAUGAGCCUCUACCUGGAAACUGCAUGCUUGGCAAUCCAAUUUCAGAUCAGUUUGGAGUUCAAGAAACAAAUAUGAAUAUAAUGAGUUGUUCUUUUCCGCAAAUGUUAGCUGAUGAUGGUGCUGGAGUGGGGGAUGAGUGCACAACAGAUGGCUUUCAGACUACUAAUCAUAAUCCAGAUGAUAGUAGUUUUCCUGUAGAGCCAGUUAAUCUACAUAAGGAAAUUCCUCAUAUGCUCAGAGAGAAUCAGUUUCUUCUAGAGAGUGGGUCUGGCAUUGAGGAAUUGCAUGGAUCUAAGGAAUUGCCUGUAAGCAGCUUGUUUUCCGCUAAUGAUUUAAUGGUAAAACCUUCAUCUACUUUCGAUCAAAUUAACAAUGAUCCAGAGAAUAUCUGCUCUGAGUUUGAGGGCAACCAGGUCUUCAACUCACCAGUUAUGGAUUGUGGAUUGUCUAUAUGGGGAACUGAUGAAGGCUUGUCUGCAUCUGCUAUUCCCACUGACGGUCAUGAGGAAAAAGAUAUGCAGGGAGAUGUAUAUGCACUUCCUGGUGACAUCGAUACUAAGAGUGAUCAUGCAGCAGAGCAUGAUGUUACUACUGAUUCUAAGUUGGAACCUGACAUGCCAUGUGCAGAAAUGGGACAUCAAACAGCUGAUACAGAAGGUUAUUUGGUGGAAAUUACUAACACCCUUAUGAAUGAUGAACCCUUUUUCAUGGAUGUUGAUGCGAAAGAUGUGAUUGGUAAGUCUUACUUUGAUGGCCUGAGCUCAUUUUUGGCAAGUUCACCUAAUAACUGUGAUCAAGAUCAAAUGCCUGAUGUAACUGAAGCUAUGGCAUCGGAAGCUCAAGAUAAUCUCGCAAAUGCGUCUUCAUGUCUUGGUGAAUUGGAUGAAGUUGCAGGAUCUUCUGCAGCAGAUGGGCCUGUUUCUUGUGAUUCAGAGGCCUUGAUGCUUUCUUCUGUAUUAACUUCAAAUUGUCAGUUCCCUGAACUGACUAAUGGUAUCAUUUGUUGCACAUUAAAUACUGAGGACCCAGAAAUUCCUUGCAAUGAAGAUGUGUUCUCCAAACAGCUGUGCCCAUCGGUUGUUUCCUCAACACAACACGUUUUCAAAGAAGCUGGCAAUCCAUUAUCUGCAUCUUUUAAAGAUUUUUCUGGGGGUCAGAAAACUGAUGGAGGUCCCUUUCUGGUUCAGAGAGAUCAAAGAGAUCCUGGGCAAUCUAUUGGAGUCUCUCAAACGAAAGAAUCACAAAUGGUACCAGAAAUGGGUCAACUUCAUCCAGUUAACAAUUGCAGAGUUAAAUGCAAGGAUUCUUCAUGUGUAGCACCUAAAACCGAUGGUUUUCUAGCCAAUGUUUCACCUCAAACUAAUUCCAAAAAUAUCACUGAAGGCACUCUCCAACCGACACUGCUGAAGGAAAGGAGUGAAAGUAUAAUAUCGGGAAAGCAUUUAGGUCAUACUUCUGCUGAUUCUUUACGAGAGAAACCUGGUCUUUGUUCUGAUAACCACAAUAGUUUGUAUUCUUUUGCCAUUAAACAAGAAGUGGAUGCUCUAGAAAAGAUUAAAGAUCACCAAGCCACUAGUGCAGAGGUGGGGCCCAUGGAUAUUAUUUCUCCAGAACCAGUUAUUGAUCAUCCACCUCCAGAUCUAGAAGAGUUAAUGAUUGAAAGUGAUGAUGAUGUUCCUUAUUUCUCAGAUAUUGAGGCAAUGAUCCUUGAUAUGGACUUGGAUCCUGAUGACCAAGAUUUGUGGGAUCAGGAAGUUGCUAGAUAUCAGCAUGAGGACUAUAAAAAAGCAAUUAUUAGGCUGGAGCAGGUUUCCCAUUCUUACAUGCAAAGGGCCAUUGCAUCCCAUGGAGCUUUUGCCAUUUUGUAUGGCCGCCAUUCCAAACAUUAUAUUAAGAAACCUGAGAUAUUACUGGGUAGAACAACAGAAGAUUUUGUUGUUGACAUUGACUUGGGAAGAGAAGGGUGUGCUAAUAAAGUGUCAAGGCGGCAGGCAAUUUUCAACUUGGAAGACGAUGGAUCAUUCCAUCUUAAAAAUCUCGGCAAGUGUUCGGUAUCGAUAAAUAACAAGGAAAUAGGUCCUGGACAGAGCCUGAGCCUUGAUUCGGGUUGUUUGAUUGAGAUAAGGGGAAUGCCAUUCAUCUUCGAGACAAAUCAAACAUGCGUGAAGCAGUAUUUGAAUAGUAAGUUGAGGAAGUCGGGAGGCCCAUGCUGAAAAGGACGAUUUGAGGACAGUCUUAGUGUUUUGUGGGGAAGACGGGAUUAAGAAUAGGGGGCAAUGGCAACAAAUCCUUUUUUGUAAUUAAAAACAAGUUUGAGAAAAAAGAAAAAUUGUAAUCCAUUGAUAUUCAAUAAGAGUCCUAGUUUCUCUUUUACAGAUUCGUUAGACCUUGUGUUUCUGUAUUUGUGCUUUAAAUAUUUAUAUAAAUUUUAAAAUAUUUUAUAUUCAUCA